AUGUCGUCUUCUCAAGAUCACCCCCGGGAAGAUGAGGGCGAGGAAGAAGUUUACCUGGACGAGGGAGACGCCGAAGAAGUCUUUCAGCAAGAUGACGACCAUCACAUGGACUCGGACGACGAAUACCAGCAGAUAGAAGAGAUCACCCUGCAGAACGACUCCGCCGCGCAUUUUGAUCACCACUCCGACUCGAUCUUCUGCAUCGCGCAGCAUCCAGUGCACAAAUCCAUCGUGAUCACUGGAUCCGGAGACGAUACUGGCUACAUCUUCGACUCGACGCCGCUGGACGAACGUCCGUUGCUCCCACAAAGUUACGAAUCGAAUCCGCAACCGAGAGGCGAGAGGAAGUCCCUGGAACAAGUCAAGAAGCUCGAUGGUCAUUCGGACUCUGUGAAUGCUGUUACGUUCACGGAGCCUCGCGGUGAAUAUGCCGUGACCGCAGGACUCGACGGGCGUUUGCGCGUCUGGCGCGACACAACACCACAAAAGACCGGGCUCGCAUGGGAGUUUGUAGCUGAGUCGCAGGAAGUCGAGGAGAUCAACUGGAUGGCUGUUUGCCCAUCUAAUCCAGGACAGGAGGACAAGAGCAACGUUGUUGCAAUUGGUGGCAGUGACGGAAGUGCCUGGGUCUUCAAAAUCGACCAUACGGACUCGGCGCAACCGAUUUCGAUCAUUCAAACCUUCUUUCAACACACUUUGGCCUGUACCGCUGGAGCCUGGACGCCAGAUGGGAACCUGUUAGCUACCGCGUCUGAAGAUGCCAGUUUCUAUGUUUACGAUGUGUUCGGCGCGGCUGCAGCUGCAGGUAUCUCCUACUCUGCAGGAACCAGUGCCGUGGUUGGGUACACAGCGGAAGACCAGCGCUUUGCCGUCGAAGGUGGUCUGUAUUCUGUGGCUGUAUCUCCUUCAGGCACCGUCGUCGCUGUCGGUGGUGCCGAGGGUCACAUCAAAGUCAUCGGCCUACCACGACUGCAAUCCGAUAACACGAAAACCAAGUCAAAGUCUUCUGCUGGCGGUUCGCAAUCUACGGGCGCUGGCGCCCUUCUCGCUUCUCUACAGGCCCAGUCAGAAAGCAUUGAGACCUUGUCUUUCUCUUCUCCGCCCCAUACAAUGCUGGCGUCUGGCGCUGUAGACGGCUCCAUCUGUCUCUUUGAUAUGGCACACCGAUUCGCAGUCCGCCGACAUAUCCGUGAAGCCCAUGAAGGCGCUGCAGUUGUCAAGGUUGAGUUUCUCCAACAGCCUGCGCCGGCUAUGCCUCCCAUCCGUGGACAGUCUUCUGCCAGCUCUUCUGCUCAAGGGCGGCCUUGGAUUCUUACCUCGGCCGGUUUGGACGGUGUAGUGCGAAGAUGGGAUGCUCGCGGUGGCACAACUGCAGCUGGUCAAGGAUUCAUCAGAGAAUGGAAAGGCCACCUUGGUUUGGUGGAAACUGAAGGCGGGGAGCAAUCCGGUGGUAUCCUUGGAUUUGUUCAGGACGCAGCCGGUGGGACACGCAUUGUUACUGCAGGUGAUGAUGGCAUCUCCCUUGUUUUUGAAGAGUAA